AAAAGUUCGUUUUCUAUAUUUUUGUUUUUUAUGUUCUCGUUUCUCAUUUUGUUCACGUUUUUUUGACGUCCUGUACCCAUAUAUGCAUGUAUAUAUACAUAUAUAUGUAUGUACAUAUAUGUAUGUAUAUAUUAUUUAUAUAUAUAUAUAUAUAUAUAUCGGAGUAAGUACAUAAAUGUGCAACAAGGUGGAAAAAGGAGUACUCAAAUACCAGAGGCAGAGUAAUAUGCUUUAUUUAAAAGCAGCAGAAAUAUGACAAAAAAACUGUUACUCGGAGUUUCACGUUCCCGUUCAUCGGACAGUUUUGUUAGAAAUGGGGUUUUUUUCCCCAUACAUUCAUUGAGGCCGAUAUUGUCACCCGAGACGUUACAACCUUAUCUGAUUCUGUGUAUAUGCAUAUAUCUACUGGAUUGCGGACAUUUAUCAAUGGUUUCUCUCAUAGUAUUAAUAAUGCUAUUUUCUUUCAUUAAUAAAACGACGCCGAUAUGCUAGUAUUUAUAAUGUUAAAAGGGAAACUUUACUUUUCUACACUUUCACUUUCUUAGAAAAUGAAAUACUAUUCUACUUCCGUAUGAAGGUGUUUAGUCAUUUCUCUAACUUCACGAUUAUGCCAAGACCACGUAAUCCUACUUCAAUCCUUCCGGAUAAUAUUUCACCAAUACCUUUUGGAGAUUUGUGCAAUUUGGAAAUAAAUUUUGAGCAGAUGAUUCUUGAUGGUGUCAACAGUCGAGAUUUGGAGGGAACGAUGCGAUGGCUUACAAGACACAACCUACUAGCGAACACGAGAAAUUGCGAACACUGUCAAGAACCCAUGCGUUUUAUUGCAGAUAUCGCUAAAUAUCCAACAGACACGAAGAAAUGGAAUUGUCGUAAGUGUAAGAAAGAAAAAUCGGUACGGGAAAGAUCUAUUUUCUCCAACUCUAAAUUACCUCUUUACAAAGCUACUCAGCUGCUCUACUUAUGGUCAACCGACUGUCCUCAGAAAAUGCUAUUAAAUGAGAUACGAGCAUCGGAGCGUACGGUAGCGGGUUGGUUUGACUUUGUGGAUGACAUUUGUCGCAGGUGUAUGCUUGCUCACGACAAAAAUCUUGAUGGCUUUGAUGAUGCUGGCUCUUAUUUCAGACAGACUUUCCCCACACCUCAUACUUUGGGAAAUCUUUUGUUUUGGAUUGCCACUUUCUAUUCUCUGUGAUCAUAUUCUGGUGUAAAGAAACUUUUUUCCAAAAUUUUUUGGAUUUUGUCUAAGAAUGUUUUCUCUUAAGUCUACAAUUCAAUUUAUAAACUGGGUGAGAAUAAAAUAGGAGGGAAGCAACGUAUUCAAAAUUAAGACCAUGGGAGAUGUAAAAAUCUGAUUUAGCUUUCCCGAACUACUGAAACGAAUAAAAGAAUGCUUCAAAAAUAGGUAAAUGCAUCAUUUCUAAAAUUUUCAUUUUUAAUGUAUUUUUCCAAAAGUACAUUUAAGAUUCAUUUUUGUCUUGGAUAAGGAAGAUUCCAAUUUUGUAAAAAAAAAGAAACUUUUUCCUUGUGCACCAGCAUGACCGCAGCCACUUGGCUGAAACACAUAAAUAAAUAAAUAAAUAAAUAAAUAAAUAUGUAAUACUUCCUCUCGAGGAAAAUUUGUCACACAAAAUGUGUUUAGGUAUAAGAAGGGAAUACAACUGUCAUAUUUAUAUAAGCAAAAGUAGUACAAGAAAACGAACUAAGUAAACUUAUUGGAAAAAGAUCAAAAUUCAAAAAUUUAAUGGAAUUCGUGAUUUACCUAGUUUAAAUAAUUUACUUAUUCGUUUCGGUAAAAUCUUUUACUAUUCCCUAUUAUUAUAAGUCCAAAUUUUAAUCACGCCGCUUUCCUCCCUUUGAAGUGUUGUUUACAUGUGUUACAACAUUUUUCACCCUUGACAAGAAAAAUUAAAACGACAUUUGAAAUCGCACAGAAACAUUCAAGAUUUAUUGUUUUUCAAAAAACACUAUUCCAAUGUUUUCAUCUCAAAUGAUGACAAGUACAUAAAUAUACAUUUCGCAAUCUUUACUAUAAAACAGAGGCCGUUUCGAAUUAGUUUCAUUAUAUAUUUUCUUUUCUUAAAUACUGAAAUAUGAAGACUUGUUUCUUAAUCAUAUAUCUUUUAAUAGAAUAUAUUGCGUACGAUAAGAAAAUUACUCUUGACUAAAAGCAAGUUCCAAUACAAGGCAACUAAGUAACUUUUAUAAAGUCUUGGGUUGUUGUGAAGCCCCAAUCAUAUGGCAUGCAGAUAGCCGUCCGACCGACGAGGUAUAUCCCGAAGAUCUACAUUUCUAUUUAUCCCACGUCUCUGUGAAGUUGAGGACUAUAAGGCACACUCCGACACACGCUGAUGAAAUUGCAUGGUGUAAACAGUCUGGGUAUAUCUAUAUGUCUAUAAAUUCUAGGUGGCUACAUCGGAGGCGAUCGAGUCGAUCUCAGAGUGUGACAAUUACUAUUUUUUCCUCUACACAUGACCGUGUAUAUCUCAGCACCGUAUUUGAUGUCGAUAGCUGAAACUUAACAUGUUUCGAAGAAUAUUUCCUUGUUGCCAACUUUUGUUUCACAAAAGUCAACUGUCGGCCAAAACUUCAGAUGAAUGUAAUUUUAUUUUAAAAUGUAUUAAAUCUAAUAGGUUCUAUAACACACUUUUGACAAAACAUCCUUCCAUACAAGCCACAACUAAAAGUUUGUUGUCACCUCUUGAGUUAUCUGAAACUUCCCUUUGUAGUUUUCCUAGCAAUGCCAAUCAGAUCUACCAUUCACUCUGUACAAAGAGCGGAAAUACAUUGCAAACCAAAAAGAGUAGUUUUAGUCAUGUGAAUGUCUCCGGUAAAAUAAACAUGGUUGAUGUUGGUGAAAAAUCAGUGACUCAUCGUAUUGCCAAAGCAACUGGAGUCAUCUAUAUUGGUGAAAGAGUAUUCAAACUCCUACAAGAAAAUGAACUUAAGAAAGGGUCAGCCCUUAUUGUUGCAGAUAUAGCUGGAAUAAUGGCAGCUAAAGAAACCAGUCGUUUCAUUCCAUUAUGUCAUAGCAUUCCUGUGGUCAAAGCAGAGUUAACUUUUCAAAUGAAUGAAGCUAAGUACUGUGUGCGUGUAACAUCAGAAGUCCAUACGAUGGCUCAGACAGGAGUUGAAAUGGAAGCUUUAAUGGCAGUAUCUGUAAGUUUACUCACCAUAUAUGACAUGUGUAAAGCAGUUAAUAAAAAUAUGGUUAUUAGUGAUAUUAAGCUUCUCUCAAAGACUGGAGGUAAAACUGACUUCAAUGCUUCAUAUGAUGAAAAAGAAAAUGCAAUAUAAAUGUAUAUAAAUGUUAUAACAAUAAAAAUUUUAAAUCUUGUUUUAA